AUGCCUAGCACGUCGGCCUGUCCUCCGUGGCUGGUGCGCAUGGUGGCCGCAAACGACGACCAGGCAUCGUCGUCCUCCUCGUCCAAGGGCGGGGGUGCCGUGCUCACCACCGGCACGGCCACUAUAGACAAGGGAUACCUCGGCGGUGGCGGGGCGGGGAGCAAUGCCGCCGACCCCCAGGAGAGCAGCAGUAGCGGACAGUCCAGGCAUGCGGCGCGCGGCCACUGGCGUCCUGCCGAGGACAUGAAGCUACGCGAACUCGUGGCGCUCUACGGCCCCCAGAACUGGAACCUCAUCGCCGAGAAGCUCGACGGGAGAUCCGGGAAGAGCUGUCGGCUGCGAUGGUUCAACCAGCUGGACCCGCGGAUCAGCAAGCGCCCGUUCUCCGACGAGGAGGAGGAGAGGCUGAUGGCGGCGCACCGCUUCUACGGCAACAAGUGGUCCAUGAUCGCGCGGCUCUUCCCCGGCCGGACCGACAACGCUGUCAAGAACCACUGGCAUGUCAUCAUGGCGCGCAAGUACCGCGAGCAGUCCAUCGCCUACCGCCGCCGCAAGCUCAACCAGGCUGUCCAGCGGACGCUUGACUCGUCCUCCGGGGUGGCUGCCGGUGCUGGGCACGUCGACGUCGUUGGUCACCGCCACAACCACCUCCUGGUCGCCGCCAACGACUCCGCCGUCUUUGCGGACCCCUACGGCUUCAGCUUCAGCCACUGCUGCCUCUCUUUCCCUGCCGGCGCCGCCGCUGCCUCGGCGUUGGAGCCUACCUUCUGCUUGUUCCCCGGUGAGUAA